UGGGAAAGUGGAAAGCGUGGAAGAAAGUAUUGCUCAGAGGAAAAUUUUAUCUGGAGCUCGCCUCGGUCGACCUUUCAUGACACCCAAAUGAAAACUCCUGUAGAGAAGGGGAAUUCAGACAAGCUCAGGCAUGCGGGAGGAAAUGGGUGUCGUCUGGCUCCCUUUCAUGAUGGGGAAGGACACACUGGGGCGGGGCUGUCUGGCCUGCUCCCCAUAAAUUCCAGCUCUGGCUGCUGAACGAGUCCAUUACCUGUGUUCAAUCACUCAUGCUUUCUCCCCCUCACAGUCCUCUCAGAUUCACUCAGUGCGAGCAGCAGCAGCAGCAGCAGCAGCAGCAGAGCAGAGCAAUCCAGUGACUCCUCGUCCUCCUCCUCCUUCCGAACGAGCGCAGCGGCGCAGUCUCCCAGCCCCACGAUCGCCUUGUCAUAGCCAUCUCCGUCGUUCCACUCUUCUCGGAGCUCAGAAUUGUGCGCAUUGCAGCUCACCAGCUGAAUCCUGCAGCCACCACAGCCACCACCGUCUCGUCCAGCACCACACAGUGCACCCAUCUCCAUCUCCAUCCGCCGUGCACCACUGCAAUUCCUUCGCCACCGAGCCAGUCACUCUGUUCCUACUACGUCUGUCAGCUCCCGUCCCGUCCGUCCAGUUACGUUCAGGCUUUCGGUAGUCCCGGUCACUGGCCUUUAGCCGCUUGACUGAGCUACCGAGUUUAGUCCAGGUGCGUCGUGGGAAGUAAAGUCGCAGUCUGUCAGUGGCCCUCAGUUCCCGGGGGCUACGUCGUCCAUCGGACAGCGGGGUAGCGCUAAGCGCUCUGCAGUCCAGUCAGUCGGGGGCUUGCGGGCUACCGUAGUAGUCGUCAGGGGGGCAGGGGCAGGGGAGGGUACGGGGUCUUUAGUCUUUUUGCUCGGGGGCGUGGCGUCGGGGCUUUCAGGCCGUUUUCGACAAAUCCCUCGCAUUCUCUUUUUUAGAGCACCGAUUGGCAUUUGCAUUUGGGUCCGGGGGCGCACGGGGGGCGAGACAGACAAAGGAGACAUUCCGUGGGCGAGAUUGAUUGCGAUUCUCGAGCAAUUCUCAAGACGCGCUGCGAUUUGGGUGAUUCUGGCACCGGCUGGCUGCUCGCACUUUUUGAAUACUUGAGAAUUUGUGCUUAAACCUUGGUUGGGUUUUUGGACGUGGGGUGAAAAUGUGUGGAAUAUUGGCUGUUCUCGGUUGCCAUGACACGAGUCUGUCGAAGAGAGCUCGCAUUCUCGAGCUUUCGUGCAGGCUCAGGCACCGUGGACCCGACUGGAGUGGUCUUUUCCAGUACAGGGACUCGUUCCUGGCCCAUGAACGUUUGGCUAUCAUAGAUCCCGCUUCCGGAGAUCAGCCACUCUACAACGAGUCCAAGAGCAUCGUGGUCGCUGUAAAUGGAGAAAUUUACAAUCACGAGAUUCUGAAGAAGAACAUGAAAAGGCCACACCAAUACCACACCCAAAGUGACUGCGAAGUUAUCGCACAUCUGUACGAAGAGAUGGGCGAGGAAUGUGUCCAGCUGUUGGACGGAAUGUUCUCCUUUGUCUUGCUUGACACCCGUGACAACAGCUACAUUGCUGCCCGAGAUCCCAUUGGGAUUACACCUCUGUACAUUGGUUGGGGUCUUGAUGGUAAAUCUUCGAGUAGUGAUAAUGUAGAUGAAAAUGAGUCCGUGCAUUCGGGCACUUUUGAGGGUUCGACAGACUAUGUUGAUGAAAAUGAUGCAUCUAAGUCCUGGUCGGUAAAGAGAACAGCAGGUUCAGUAUGGUUCUCUUCAGAAAUGAAGGCCCUCGUCGAUGACUGUGAAACAUUCCAUAUUUUUCCUCCUGGUCACAUCUACUCAAGCAAGACAGGAGAGUUGAGAAGAUAUUACAAUCCAGCUUGGUGGUCGGGAAGCAUCCCAUCUGCUCCUUAUGAUCCUAUGGCCCUUCGCCACAAGUUUGAAGAGGCUGUAGUGAAGCGUCUCAUGACCGACGUUCCAUUUGGAGUUCUGCUGUCGGGUGGUUUGGACUCGUCGUUGGUCGCUGCUGUUGCUUCGCGGCACCUCGCAGGAACGAAAGCUGCCAAGCAGUGGGGCCCUCAGUUGCAUACUUUCUGUGUUGGGUUGGAGGGUUCUCCCGAUUUGAAAGCAGGGAGAGAAGUUGCCAAUUAUCUUGGAACGCUACACCAUGAGUUUACCUACACUGUACAGGAAGGUCUGGAUGCACUUGCGGAAGUUAUAUACCACAUUGAGAGUUAUGACGUUACAACGAUCAGAGCCAGCACGCCCAUGUUCCUCAUGGCACGCAAAAUCAAGGCGUUGGGGGUGAAGAUGGUGUUGUCAGGAGAGGGAUCGGAUGAGAUCUUCGGCGGUUAUCUAUACUUCCACAAAGCUCCCAACAAAGAGGAAUUUCAUUUGGAAACAUGUAGAAAGAUUAAGGCUUUGCACAUGUACGAUUGCUUAAGAGCUAACAAGGCCACUUCCGCAUGGGGCUUGGAGGCACGUGUGCCCUUCUUGGACAAGGCCUUCAUAGAUUUGGCCAUGUCAAUUGAUCCUGCCGAAAAGAUGAUUCGCAAAAGUGAGGGACGGCUGGAGAAGUAUAUCCUUCGUAAAGCUUUUGACGAUGAAGAAAAUCCUUACCUACCCAAGCACAUCCUUUACCGACAAAAAGAACAAUUCAGUGAUGGAGUUGGAUACAGCUGGAUUGACGGUUUGAAGGAUCAUGCAGCUUGUCAUGUCACAGAUCAGAUGAUGAAGAAGGCCCAAUACAUCUUCCCUUUCAACACUCCUCCAACGAAGGAAGCUUACUUUUACCGCAUGCUUUUCGAGAAGCGUUUCCCACAGCAAUGUGCAAGAGAGACUGUUCCUGGUGGCCCUACUGUGGCCUGCAGCACUGCAGCUGCCAUCGCUUGGGACGAAGCGUGGUCCAAGAAUCUGGAUCCUUCAGGUCGGGCAGCUUUGGGCUGCCACGAUGCAGCGUACGAUGAGAACGAGACUAAGCCAGCAGCAGCUCCAGUCGUCGAGAACGGUACCAAGAUGCAUCGGCUAGCAAACAGUAUACCUCGAGUUCCAGUUACAGUGUAAAUGUGUCAAGAGCUACAUCAGUUCUCCAAGUUGUAGAAUUUUUUGUUUGGUGACGACGUCCGAGGAAGAGGUAGUAAAAUGUAUAUUCGCUGGGAAACUAGCAUACACGCAAGUCCCCAGUGUUGGUUAUUGCUCGACAGCCUUGUCCAUUGUCGUAGGCAGUAUUCUUAUGAAAUGCCUUCGGUGGAAUGAAGGCCACCAUGGACUGUCAAUAAGGUAGACGACCUUGCUGAGAGCUGGCUGAGUCAGCUUGUGGCCUGUGGGGCCAGUUAUGGCGCUCUGUGUUUGAGCAGAUUUGCAGAGAAGAAGGAUUGUGCAAGAGUAGCAGAUAUUGUUUUCUUAUUGUGUUACAUUUGUAUUGAUUAGAAUGUCUGUCGACUUUCAGUCGCAACAGUGUUAAUUUCUCUUAUAUGCCUCAAUAUACGGAAAAGUGAUCCCACAGUUCUUUGUUCACA